CAGCCAAUCAGGAAGCACUUGUAUGCCCCGACUUCCGUGUUCAAGACAAGCGCCAUUAUUCUAAACAAAGAAUUACACCACCUGAAAAACAAUAUUUACAUUUUACUUUGGUCUCUACUUCAUUAACCGGCCGUACGCCUUUUCUGCUUCUACAAAAAGACACGGCAACAUGGAGUUUAACGAGACCAUCCUCCUGGAACGCGAAGACAGCGGUGUCAAGCUGUUCGGACCCGGACAAUGGGCAACCUUUCACUGCAAGCAGUGCAACACGGUGUUAGGAGACUCCUUGUCUGUAUGCGGGGAGCUCACAUGCUUGGGUUUCAUUUUAUGCUGCAGAGUCACCAGUUGUGUGGAAGUGGGUCGUGAAAUGGAGUGUGGACAUAAAGGAGAAUUGGCUAACUGCAUCUUCAGCUCCCUGACAUGCAGCGAGUGCGGCUGCACGGUGGGCAAGGUGGUGCAUGCAGCGCCGCCGAGUCUGGCCGCGGUGCGCUCCCUCUUCCUCCUCCAAAAGGGGCUCAUCAAAUGUUAUGUGUUAGACAGCCGCUCUAUGGUGAAAGCGUCGGCCGUGUCCUUUGAGAUGAAGUCUCUCAUGGAAAGCGUCAAGGAGCUGCGGAGUGCAUAGGUCGUACACCUCGGUGAACAAAGUAAGGAUCUUUUCCAUUUGGGGAUGCUACAACAUGCUUGCUACUGUACUAACACAUUCCCCUUCACGCGCAGUCAAAUGACACACUUGUGGAUUAUUGCAUGCAUUACAAACAUGUCCGAGGAAAAAAAACAAACAUGCAUUGUUUUUUUAAACUCCCUACUGAAUUUUAACAUGAUGUCAUAAGUCCCCAAAAGGAAGGGUUAAGAAAUAUACUACAUAAACUGGAUAUGGUGGUUGACAGUGCAAGUAGUGCUAUGAAAACACAUUUGGACUUUCAGCGUGUAAAAAUGCUACAAGUAUCAUACAAUUAAAUCAAUUUUGUGUAUUGAUCAAGAAAAAAAAAAGAUGACCAGCAGAAUCCAAUCUCAAAACAAA